AGAAGUAUUCUUGCGCUGACUGGCGCUGGUUGUGCUUGUGGGUUCAGCUCGAAUUCGGAAUUCAAAACUCAGAACUCAGAGAUUCAGGGAUCACAAGCAUAUCCUCAGCAACGCAACAUUUUGUUUUAUUACCUCGCAGUUUGAAAAAUUAUUACCCAUUACCCGGGAGUAAGUGAAUAAGGAUGUCCCGGUUAUCCGCUAUCAGUUUGCUCCUUGUGAGCUGGAGUUGCCUGGCAGCUCUCGUCCAGGCAAAGUCCUUCGCCUUUGAUCUCAGCACAGACAAUAAUAAUGGCAUUGCCAGUUACGUAGAGGAUGCCGAUGAAAAGUUCCCCAGUUGUGAAAUCUAUUGCAAUGGCCCCCUAUUGCACACCAUCCAAACGGCGACACCCAAACUGUUUGCUGAUUCCAAGACGUUUGUGGACAUGAAACUGAAGAAUUCGCCUGACAAAACCCUGGCGGAUUUUAAUGCUUUCAUGGAGGCCAAAAACCAAACGCCCACUAGCGAAGAUCUCAAGGGUUUUGUGGAUGAAUACUUCAGUCCCAAGGGCACCGAACUGGAGCUGUGGACGCCCACGGAUUGGAAGGAGAAUCCCAGUUUUCUCGAUCUAAUCUCCGAUCCCGACCUAAAGCAGUGGGGUGCCGAGCUGAAUAACAUUUGGAAGACCCUGGGUCGCAAAAUGAAGGACGAGGUGUCGAAGAACCCGGAGUACUACUCGAUCAUCCCCGUGCCCAAUCCCGUGAUCAUUCCCGGCGGCCGCUUCAUCGAGUUCUACUACUGGGACUCGUACUGGAUCAUCCGGGGACUGCUCUACAGCCAGAUGUACACCACCGCCCGAGGAAUGAUCGAGAACUUCCUGUCGAUUGUGGAUCGGUUCGGCUUUAUUCCGAACGGAGGACGCGUCUACUACCAUGGUCGCUCCCAGCCGCCACUUUUGACCGGAAUGGUCAAGUCCUAUGUGGACUUCACCAACGAUGACAAGUUCGCCAUCGAUGCCUUGGCAACACUGGAGCACGAGUUCGAGUACUUCACGAACAACCACAAUGUCACGGUGAAGAAUCACAGCCUUUGCGUUUACCGCGACUCUUCCGAGGGUCCCCGGCCAGAGUCUUAUAGAGAGGAUGUGGAGACGGGCAAUGAGUUCGCCACCGAUGCGGAGAGGGAACUCCACUGGAGUGAGCUCAAGGCGGCGGCCGAGUCGGGCAUGGACUUCAGCUCCCGCUGGUUCAUCUCCGAGGAUGGCACAAACGAUGGAACUCUUACCAAUCUCAGCACCAGCCUGAUUGUACCCGUCGACCUGAAUGCCUAUCUCUACUGGAACGCCAAGUUGAUAGCCGAAUUCCACUCCAAGGCUGGCAACACCAAGAAGGUCACCGAGUACGAGACCAAGGCCGAGAAUAUCCUGCUGGGCAUCCAAGAAGUGCUGUGGAACGAGGAGGCCGGAGUCUGGCUGGACUACGACAUGAAGAACGAGAAGUCGCGCGAUUACUUUGUGCCCACCAAUCUCUCGCCGCUGUGGGUGAAAGCCUUCAACAUUUCCGAGUCCGAGAAAAUCUCGGCCUCGAUUAUGGCCUACAUUGAGAAGAACAAGCUGGACACAUUCCCCGGCGGAGUCCCCAAUACCCUGAGCUACACCAAUGAGCAGUGGGAUGCUCCGAAUGUGUGGGCUCCAAUGCAGUACAUCCUGGUCGAGGGCCUGAACAACCUGAAUACUCCCGAGGCCAAGAACAUGUCCAUAAAGUGGGCCACCAAGUGGGUGAAGUCAAACUUCAAGGCCUUUAGCAAAGACAGGCACAUGUACGAGAAGUACAACGCCGAUCAGUUUGGAGUCGGAGGCGGCGGAGGCGAGUACGAGGUGCAGUUGGGAUUCGGUUGGUCCAACGGCGUGAUCAUCGAGUGGUUGAGCAAGCACGGGCGUGAUAUUUCAACCGGUUCGGCCGGUGGAGGCGGAGCAGCAGGUGAAGAGCCGCAGUAGAAUGAAUCUGAACAAAUCUGCAGCCAGGCCAGAACGCUAUCCAUCAUCUCAACAUCAUCACCAUCAUCAUCACAGGCUCAAAGCCAAAGCUUUUUCUCGAAAAAAAUUGUAUUUAGAUAUCUGUACAUUAUAUAAGCAUCCAUCCAGCAGCGCUGCUCAUCAACUGCUCAUCCUUAGGCUAAGAAAUGCUCUCUAUCUCCGCAACAUCUGAAAACCUUCAAAAGCCGCUGUCUAUAACCUAUAUAUCUGUACCGCGAACCAUCGAAAUCGAAAUCGAAAUCCCGAAAGCCAAGCACCACGAAAAACAGCACCACAGUCACAGCACCGCCAGGAAUCCGGAUCAUCUCAGUACUGUCUGUUGUCCAUUGUUCCACGUUCGCACAUUCGUGUGAUCUGUCCAAAUUUCAAGC